AUGAAGGCUGCCGUUGUUCUGUCUUUCGUUGCUGCUGCCGUUGCUGGCGCUAUCGAGGCCCGUGAUGGCCACUGCGGUGGUGAUAACUGCGCUCGCCAGGUCACCGGUACCCGUGAUGGCCUCACUGCCAUUACCUCCCGCAAGAAUGACUGCUCCAACUUCAUGAAGACCACCGUGGUUCCCGACGCUACCACCGUCACCGUCACCGUCACCGUUGACCCUGAUGAGCCCGCUUCCCUGACCAAGCGUGAUAUUGAGUACCGUGCCGCUACUGAGGCGCCUACUGCCGUCCCUGCCUAUGCUUCAUCUUGUAAUAACCCCGGCAAAUACUCCUCUGCGUGCUCCUGCUGGGGCAUCACCGCUGUUACCACAACCGCUCCCGUUCCCACCAAGACCGCUACCGUCACUGUUACUGCCGACUUUUGCGAGGACUUUUACCGCACCAUUACCACCUGGUACCGCCCUCUGCUCGUCGCCCUGUUCAAUCCCAGCAUCCCCUUCCAUCUUCGCUGUCGAACUCUGCUCCUUCAACCCAUCACACUGCUAACCUACUCCAUUAACGCCCUCCCCUACUUCUUCUCCCGGCCAUUCACCGUCGAACACCUCCCCGUCUUCCCCUCACGCGCCGUCCGCGCCAUCAUCUUCAAACACCCCGGCACAGGAAAAGGCCGCUCCCUCCGGCCUCUACACGUCGAAAUCCACGGCGGCUCCUUCAUUGGCGGUCUGGCAGAGAGCAAUGCACGCUUCGACGAGCGUCUCGCCAAGGAGACGGGCGCAGUGGUCGUCAGCAUAACGUACCGUUUUGCACCUGAACACAUCUUCCUAUGCGCCAUAGACGACGCGGACGCUACUAUAAAAUGGAUCCAGGACCACGCUCAGAGUAGAUGGGGCGCCGACGCUACCUUGAUGACCGUCAGCGGGUUUUCCUGCGGCGGCAAGAACCUCGUUCAAAGCAGCCGUUGCAUUUUACGGUGCCCUGGACCUGCGAAUGGAGCCGGGAAAGAACCCAAACCCGCCAACUAUCCCAAACCGGACCCAUUGGAGUUUUUGUUGCCGCUGUUCGAUGCGUAUGCGCAGCUAGCGAGGGCGAAACACAUGGAUGAUCCGCGGCUGAACCCCGUGCUGGCAAGGAGGGAGACACUUCCGGAGAGAAUGCUGUUGGUGGUUGCGGCGAUUGACAUCUUGUAUGCGGAGCAGAUGGCGUUCAAGGAGAGGAUAAAUAACGAGGCAGAGGGGAAUGUGGUUGAGACGUUUGUUGCGCGAGACGGAUUUCACGGGUAUUUAGAGGGUGAGUUGUUCAUCAUGAUGGGUUCACCUGGGGCUUUUGCGAAUGAACGUACUGCUGACGAGAUUGGUUCCUGA